AUGAGGAGUUCUGAUGAUGGAGUAGCCGACAUGGAGGGAGGCAGUGAGGCUAUCACUGGCGUGGUGGUGACCGAAGGGGAAGGUAGAGCUGGGGCUCUACAAGAUGCCGACCAGAUAGGUGUCAUCGUGGACUAUGGCAGUGAGGAGGAGACUCGAGGGGGCAAGCAGCCAAAGGGCGACGUGCCAUUACUAGGCCAAACGAUUGCCGAGGAAGCAAGCCAGACAAGGAUAGGAGAUGGAGGUGCUGUGCAGGUGGAUGGGCUUGCCUCGGGCACUGUUGGCGUGCGGGCUGUGCGCACUAGGGCGAGCGCCGUUGGGCAUCCGUUGGAGGUGAGCACCUCUGGGACAAAUGUUGUUACGACAAGCAUUACUGGGCGUGCGAAGGAGAGGCGAGCAGGCCAGGUGAGUAGCAGGGUUGUUGUUGCGAGCCAGGCGCCGGACACCCAUGCUGCGGCGACCCAUGUCGGGCAAGUAGGCCAAGCUAGUGAUGGAUCCAAGCAAGCGGAUCAAACCGCUGAGGCACCUCUGUUACUAGUUAGCCAUGGGUACCUUUGGUGGUGA